ACGUAUAUACAUGUAUAUGCAAUAAAAUGAACGAAGAUCAAUACCUAACAACUACCAGUAAACGCUAGUUUCUUGCCCAAUAAAUAACCUACAUUUUUCCAAAGUACUUCCUACACUUAAUUUGAAGAUCAAGCUAGCUAAAAUAUAGAAGUUCUGGAUAUACAAUGAAGCUAAUUUUCAGCCCACAAUCUCUUCUUGCUUAUUCAUUGUUCAUCCUCAUACUAGCCAUAGGUGGUGAUUAUUCUAUUUCUGUCCCACUUCCUUCAAAUCAAACAGUCCCUGCAGUCAUUGUGUUCGGAGAUUCAAUCGUGGAUCCUGGUAACAACAACAAUAUUAAGACCAUCGUCAAAUGUAAUUUCCCACCUUAUGGGAGGGACUUCACUGCAGGACAACCUACUGGAAGGUUUGGCAAUGGAAGAGUUGCCUCAGACGUUGCCGCUGAAAUUUUUAAUGUGAAGAAGAUAUUGCCUGCUUAUCUAGAUCCAAAUCUGCAGCUUCAAGAUCUUGUUAGCGGAGUAAGUUUUGCCUCGGGAGGUGCUGGAUAUGAUCCUCUCACUUCUGAACUAGUGUCUGUGAUAUCACUGUCGGAUCAGCUAGAUUUGUUUAGAGAGUAUAAGGGCAAGUUAAAGGAAGCAAUUGGGGAAGACAAAGCGGAGAGUAUAAUAUCCAAAAGUGUAUACUUUGUGUGUGUAGGGAGCGACGACAUUGCAAAUACUUACUUUUCUACUCCAUUAAGGAAACCCCACUACGACAUACAAUCCUAUACGGAUCUCAUGCUUAAUUCAGCUACAACAUUCUUCCAGGAACUUUAUGGGGAGGGAGCAAGAAGGAUUGGAGUAGUAAGUGUGCCAGCAAUAGGGUGUGUGCCAUCGCAGAGAACACUGAGUGGUGACAUAGAGAGAGGGUGUUCAGAUUCCGCAAACCAAGCAGCAAUCCUCUUCAACUCCAAGCUCUCUUCACAAAUAGCUUCCAUCAAUAACAAAUUUCCAGAAGCAAGGCUUGUUUACCUUGAUUUCUAUAACCCAUUACUUUUCCUAAUUCGAGAUCCUGCAAGUUAUGGAUUUGAAGAGGCAACAAAGGGAUGCUGUGGAACAGGAAAUUUAGAGGUGAGCAUUCUAUGCAACCCUUAUACUAUAAAUAGUUGCAGCGAUGCUUCUAAAUACAUAUUCUGGGACAGCUACCAUCCCUCAGAGAAGGCUUAUGUAUUACUUGUUAAUCGUGUACUCGACAACAAAAUUGAUAAAUUCUUUUAAAUCAUUCAUCUGUGUUUCUCUAUAUAUAUUUUCCAUUAUAUAUAUAUAUAUACUUAUCACCCCUAUUGGAAUCUUAUGUGGUUGACCGGCCGGUUCUUGUAACUAUGAUAAAAGAUUACCUCAAACGACGUAUGAAAUUAUAGUUAUAUGAUUGCAAUAUAUUGUUAUUUAUUAUUUUUCUG